AAACAAACGCUGUUACCGCGCAUGCGCCGGUGGACAAAUUUAGUUUUUGUUCUCUCUCUCUUUCUAGUCCUCACGCACCGGGGAUUCCCCUUCUGACAAAAACGGCUCAGCUCUUCACAUGUCAGCGCUUCCCCUUCUCGCAUUGCUUUGCUCAUAUGCUCCUCACCCGGAACGCGACCGAAUAUCUCGACGACAGACAACCGCUUCGCUCUCUUGCCCGCGUCAGUAAUGAGCAUCGAAACUUUCAAAGGCGCCAGCACAACACGUCACGCCCGAGGAACCGUAGCGUUUGACGAACGUCUUCCAGUGGCAUGAAAGGCACAAGGUAUUGCCCUCAAAUUUUCCUUCAAGCGGCGGUCUCUUCGUCCUCGGAGUCCCGGUCUCCGGCGGCGACCCCCGCCACCAGUCUUUGAAUUUUAUCCGGAAAUUAGUCGGGGAGACCCGCUAUGGCGAGCGGCGACUAUCGCAAAGAUGACUUUCUGGAGGAGAGCCGCAUGGACUCGGGUAUUGACUCUUAUCGCUCCAUGCUGAAGUCGGAGGAGCAGCAACGAGAGCUCAGCACCGAGAUAAGCGGGCCACGGGACAAGUUUUCAUCCGUGGAGGAGCGCUUGGAUUCCUCUUAUGGUUCGUCGUCGCUGACGGUGGAGAGCCUGGCAGAAAUCGUGGAGGCCUGUAACAUUGACACCGAGGAAGCACCAGCGACCAGCUCUGGACUCACUAAGGAAGAGGAGAACAUUAUCACAUCCAUCACUGAAGAUGGGGAUACAAUCCUGCACCUGGCCAUUAUCCAUGAGGAAGCUUUAAUUGCAAAACAGUUGAUCCAACUAUUUCCUAAAGAAGUCCUGGACAUCCAGAACAAUUUGUAUCAGAGUCCUUUGCAUCUAGCCACCUACUUGAACCUAACUGAUGUGGUCAAGAGCCUGGUGGCCAAAAUGGUCAGCAUUGACUUACAGGACCAGGAUGGAAAUACAGCGCUCCAUGUGGCCUGUCAUCACGGCCUAACCUCGUGUGCCGCGGAGAUGACCAGUGAGAUGUCUCCCAGCAAGCUGACAAGAGUCCUGGAAACCCAAAACUGGAGAGGUCUUGCCUGUCUUCACUUAGCAGCGCUCAGCAGGCAACACCAGAUUAUGAAACUCUUGCUGACGAAAGGCGCAGACCUUAAUAUCCAGGAGGGGACCAGCGGCAAAACGGCACUUCAUCUCGCUGUUGAGAUGAACGACGCCAUGACGGUGAAGCUUCUGCUCAGCAGUGGAGCCAACGUAGACGCCGCCAUGUUCAACGGCUGUACGCCACUUCAUCUCGCCGUGGGGAGGCAGGACGCCACCAUCGCCAAUCUCCUUUGCCAGUCUGGUGCAGAUACCAUGCUGCGAAACUUGGAGGACGAGACGGCGUUGGACCUGGCCGAUGGGAAUGACGAUAUUCUCGCCCUAUUUCCUUUCGAUGACAUUCAGAUCUCGGGGAGGUCAGUGGUUGGUGUGAAGUUUUAAGCUACUUAGCUUAGCUUUCUGCAUUACAGGCUACAUGAAAGCGAGACAGAGGCUUACUGCACGCCGACUGCAAACUUUCGUCUGCAAAACUGUUUCAAUUGUACUAUUUGCGGUACUCUGGAAUUGUAAUCUGUCUCCAUAUGUUUUAUAGAUAAACAUUUGCAUAACAUGAACUUGUUUCUGGGAGAAAGGCACCGUUCUGCUUUAACAUCUUUGACUUGAACACUGAAAAAAAAAAAGCUUAAUACUCUGCUCUUUACAGUCACGUUGCAUCAGCAGUUCCAUUCAAAUCUCUUCAAAGAUCUACCUCUUUCUCAGCAUUUAGUUGCUUUUUCAAAUGGCUAUCCCGUUUUUUUUUUCUUCUUUUUUUUCUCAAUUUCACCAUUCAUGUAUUUGUUUGGCUGCUUUUUUAAAGCACAUCUUUUUGCUAAAGCAAGGCUUCAUAACCCCAUUUGGAAUUGUAAUGUAUUACGAUAUUAAGUUGUUUGAAGUUUAGAUUUUUGCUUUAGUCUUUGGUGUCAAUUGCACUGGCAUGACUAGCUGAUAAGUCAUUUCAUGCUCAUUUAUUUUGUAAUAAAAUGGACUAUAAGAUCAUUGUAUAGUGUUCCUUA